AUGUCUGGGGAUUAUGUUGCAUUCACCCAUGGCAUUUCAGGCUCUGACGAAGGCGAUACGAGUGGCUAUAUCCUCGUUCUCACUUCUACAUUCCCAUACCGAAUGUCAACUCCUACUAUCGAAAUCCUUAUUAAUCGAACAGCCCGAGACAACUUCAUCGAUUUUUGUAUAAAGUAUGGUUACGAUGUCGCCACCUUUCCGCCAUAUCGAGUAUUUCAAAUUAUAUGGGUUUUAGUAGCGAUUUUAUCAAUGAUGAAUAUUACUCGCGUUUAUUGGAAACAUGUCAGACGCUCAAAGCUACAUCGAAAUAUACGAAUCUAUCAACUGUCGUUGUCAUUCACAGCAGUUCAUCCAUGUGAAGUAUUCCUGCCAAGAAAUUUCUACAAAUGCUUCAAUAUUCUAUUCGGUCUAAUACUAGAACUUUAUCUCUUCAUACAAACCGCCAUUACUUUUGAACGAGCAAUCGCAACUAUCUACGUGCGUUCGUACGAAUACACUGAAGCAUAUCCGGCAAUUAUUGCCAUCAUUUCAGCAGUACUGGUCGCAAUAGGAACUCAGGUAUUCCUCUAUUAUGGCAAAGAGUUCAACCAACCUCAGCUCAGCGUACUGAAUCCACCAGCUGAGGUCUACGAUAAGAUCAAUGGUUUGCUGAUAUUCAACGAGAUAACCUGUGGGAUUACUACUGUCUCAAUGAUUAUUCUAGUUAUUGUAAAUAUGAAAAGAGAGAAAAAGGCUAUUGGCGAUUUGUCACGGCGGUUUCAAACUGAAGAAAACAUUGACACCACGAAAUUCAUUGCCAAAGUGUCCCUGAUCCAAAUAAUCUCCUACACGUCACAAUCGCUUGGCAGUCUUAUACUGAGGCUUGUAGAGGAAUCCUUCGCUGGAGCUCAGGCAUUACCGAUGAGGACAACGCUGAAGUUGGCCAUCUAUGGAAUGCCAUUGUACACUUUGAUCAUGUCAAUUGUGAUCGAAUACAGUACUCGAACAUCAGCCAGAUAUCGUCAGAAUCGACUUCAAUCAGCUGUGAGUACAAAGAACGAAGCACAGGCCUACUCCAAUUUCCUUUCAAAACAAUGGCAAAUAGAGGAUCAGAACUGA